GUUGGACAAUAACGGGACUUGGCGGUCUUCAUCCUGGGCUUUUCGAAAUCGAAAGCCCAAGUUUCCGUUUUAAAAAGUUCGUUCGUCGAGCACCGUUCGACUCCCCAUAAAAAUAACCAGACUUUCUCCAAAGUUGGCAAAAUGGCGGAGCAACUGAAGCUCUCGCGAUUGGAGAGCAUGGAUCCUACCAUGACCCAUUUCACCACCGUGGCCCUGAUCGUGUCGAAGACCACGCCGACCUACUUCACCGACAAGAUGGACGGCACACAACGUGGUGUUCUGACGCUCACCAUCCGGGACGGACUGACGCAGUUCACGAACUGUAAGUGUUGGGGCCAGACAGCCUGGGUGCAGGACUACUUCGGGAAGCUGCGCAUCGGCCAGGUGGUGGCCAUAAUCAACGCGAAGGUCAAGGCCGUGGAUCAGGACCAGCAGAGCUGCUCCUCCGACUCGUCCCGGAACAACCGUUACGACCCGACGAGCCCCCUCUCCUGCGGCCUGGUCGUCAACGAGGGGCAGGGAAAGGUGCAGCACUAUGAGCCCCACCCGGCCGACGACUUCGGCCACUUUUGCUCCCUUGGGAACUUGCUCCACCGUCCCCUGAAGUCAAUGGCGUCCGCUCUGAAGCUGGCCGACGUCAUGGCCCGCUAUGUGGGCGCAGAGACCGAGAGCUCGGUAAUCUUCGUGGACGUCGUGGUGGUGGUGGCCGCUGUGCGUCCACUGCGCAAGGUCAAACGCGCCGAGAAAGCGCACCACAACUACGCCCAGCCGAUCAUGCUGGACUGCCUCGAGGUGGUGCUCUCCGACCCCAGCCACGCCGAGGGCAUGCUGCUCACCAUCUGGCAGGAGGACUGGAUCGGGCGCGGCCAGACAUGGAAGCCGCUCCAAACCGUACUGCAUCUGGUGGACGUGAAGGUAUCCUUCUCCAAGUACCACCAGUGCCCGACCUUCUCCCACGUCGGCUGCACGCUGAUCUGCGAGGACCCGCAUCCCCCGUCCCUGGAGGCCAACAACCUGAUGGAGUUCGCGGCCUCCCUCAAGUUCUACAGCUUCGAGAGCUUCGCCCUGCCGGAGAUGAUGUGCCAGCUGCCCUUCCCUGAGAACAUCACCGAGGCCAUGAGCGUCCAGCAGAUCUACUCCCGGACCACGGGCAUGCUGCAGGAUCCGUCUGUGGUCAGCUUCACUGCCGUGCUGCGCGCUCUGAUCAGCACCCUGGACCUGGACGGCCUCACUCCCAACAUCAGUCGUCAGUGCUCCCAGUGCCGGCGCUUCAUCCCCCGGGUCCUGGUGGAGUGCCCCACCGAAAUGUGCCAGCAAGAGGUGCAGCAGUCGGGCAGCCCGCCGCCCUGGAUCAACCACUUCAACAUCAACGUGCACUUCAGCGACCAGUCGGGCACCCUGGUGGAGGGGCGGCUGUCGGGCGUGACCGCCGAGCGGGUCCUCGGCCUCUCCGCCUCGGCCUUCGUGCAGCUGCCCGACCGGGAGAAAGGCCUUCUUAAGUGGAGGUUCCUGCUGCGCCACUUCGAGGCCAAGCUGCUGGUCCUGAAGCCGAUGCGGAUGCGCAAGAACAUGGUGGUGGUGGUGGUGGACAUGUUCGAGCUGCCGGUGGACCAACUGUCCCAGCUGACCUGCUGCUUCUAGGAGGGAUGCCCAUAACUGCCAUUUACUCAGACACACGUACACAAAGAGCGCUCUUUAUUUCGCAAGUUCUCACACAAAACAGUACAACUGGAAUACACAAAUAGACUCGUAAGCUGCCGGGACGGGGCCCGGGGUUGGGAACUGGCUUGGCGGAUGUGGGGGAGAGCUACUGGGUGCCCGUGCUAGGAUCUAAGAAUACACAAGACUUUCUCGCAAGACUGUUCGCUGAGAGCUAGUUUGAAGAAUAAACGAUGGAAAGUGGGAUGUAACA